GGGCGCUCAAAAUCGCUCAGCCACGUAAGUCAGGGUCGUAUUUUUCUUCCCAGAUUUAUUCUACAAAGUUAUUUCCUCGUUCUGUGAUAAUAUGUGAGAAUGGUAUAACAACGCAAACUUGUGCUUAAAGUUUUUUUGUGUUUUAACAUCGUCCUGCCAGCGGUAAGUCCAAAAAUUCAAAAGUCAUGGCUCACAUACCAAAUCAAUAUAAUAAUGUUCCUGGACAUCAAACUUCAAUGCCUGGGCCAUUCCCGCAGCAUAAUCAAAUUCCUCCGAGCCAAGUUCCCGGGCCCUUAAAACAGGAUGGCAAUUUUAACCCAGCACCAAUAGCAGCAAUGAACAGUCAAACAAAUCAUUUUAAUCAAAGUACGAAUAGUUCGCCAGCUUUCAAUCAUCCAGGAAUGUUGCCACCCCCACCUACAAGCUUACAGUCAUCACCUAUGAGACCAAUGAAAACAACAGUGCCUCAAAACCAAUUGCAAAAUAUCCAGAACAUUCCAGUAAAUUCAGGAAGCCCGCAUCCGUCUAAUCCAUCACCUUUCCCUCCUAAUAUCCAGCGGCCCCAAAUAAAUAACAAUGCUCCACCUCUUAUUUCGUCUAGUCAGUAUAAUCAACCUUUUAUGAAUGGACCAACAACUGGGCCUAUUGGAAAUGUAAACCAUUAUCCACCAAAUUCCAGCUCAUUUAGUCCCAUUCCACCAACAAAUUUGCCUCCUACAAGCUCAAAUUAUGGGCCAUCAUCCUUGAAUUCAAACUAUGGAGGGAAUCAAAGGCUUCCAAUGUCAUCCAUGCCACCAGGGUAUAGUCAGCCGAAUGUUCCGAUAAGCGGACCGCCAAUAAGUAGACCUCCGUUAACUGGUCUAAGAAACAGUCCUGUGACAACUGGACCUCCUGGUAAUUUACCUAUGACAAAUGUACCUAAUAUAUCUGGGGCACCUGUACCACCUUUAGGCCCACCAAGAAGCAAUGCAAUAAAUGGGCCAACUAUGAUGGGACCGUCUACAGCAUCUGUACAUAGUCAAAUGGGGCCACCUAAGGGAUUACCUAGUGGGCCAUCAUCUUUGCCAGCUGGCCCUCAGCUUAGACAACCUAUGCCUCCAAAUAUAAACCCACCACAGCACCAGCUGAAUAAUGGACCUUUAGAACAGCAAGGUUACAUUGCAGGCCCACCAAAUAUGCCAGCUGGAAAACCUGGCUUACAAAGUGGGCCAGUCUCGGGGCCACCUAUGAGUCAUUCUGGUCCUGGACCUGCUAGUGGAAUUAGUGGGCAGAAUACCAAUAUUCAGAAUAGAUAUCCACCAAUGCCAUAUACAAAUUUGAGUCCCCAACAACAAAUGCAGGUACAACAGAAUAUUGCAAAACAGUUUCCCACUCAUAAUCUUUAUGGUGUAACUCAGCAAAUGAGUAAUUUGAGUGUAACAAAACAAGGAUUUGACCAGCUCUGGGGACACCAAAUGGUUGACCUUAUGCAGUGUAAGAACAUUUUACCAGAAUACCCAGAGGAACCUCCUGAAAUAAAACUUGCACAUCAAUUUGCCGAGUCACCCAAUUGCAGUUCAGAGAUCUUCAGGUGUACAGUGAAUCGCAUACCGGAGACAAAUUCAUUAUUGCAAAAGUCCAGAUUACCCUUAGGUAUCCUAAUACAUCCAUUCAAAGACUUAAAUCAUCUACCGGUUAUUCAGUGUACGACGAUAGUGCGGUGCCGAGCUUGUAGGACUUACAUAAACCCCUUUGUCUACUUCGUGGAUUCGAAGCGGUGGAAAUGCAAUCUUUGCUACAGAGUCAACGAUUUACCAGAGGAAUUCCAAUACGAUCCGUUAAGCAAGUCUUACGGCGAUCCGUCCCGGCGGCCCGAGAUCAAGUCGGCCACGAUAGAGUUCAUCGCGCCCAGCGAGUACAUGCUCCGCCCGCCGCAGCCGGCGGUCUACCUCUUCCUUCUAGACGUUUCUCAGAUCGCGAGAGAGUCAGGAUAUUUACAGGUCGUGUGCGAAACGCUGAAGACAAACCUGGAGCAGCUGCCGGGCGACGCGCGCACGCAGAUCGGCUUCAUCUGCUACGACGCGCACGUGCACUACUACCUCAUGAGCGAGGGCCUCACCAGGCCCAAGGAGAUGACCGUCUUGGAUAUUGAUGAGAUAUUUCUUCCAUCACCGGAAUCGUUGUUAGUGAACUUGGGCGAAUACAAGGAAAUGGUCAAGGAACUGUUAACUAUAUUACCGCAGCGUUACUCCACUCCCGGCGUUCCGGCCUCCGCGCUAGGUGCAGCCCUACAGGCUGCUUAUAAGCUUAUGGCUCCCACUGGGGGACGAAUUACAGUUUUCCAAACCUGUCUACCUAAUAUUGGACCAGGAGGAUUACAUUCAAGAGAGGAUCCAAACGCUCGCUCUUCUAAAGACGUGGCCCAUCUGAAUCCAGCGACUGAUUUUUACAAAAGGAUAGCUUUGGACUGCAGUGGGGCACAAGUUGCAGUAGAUCUCUUCCUUCUAAGCUCACAGUACUGUGACCUGGCAACCCUCAGUGGAAUGAGUAAAUUCAGCGCAGGCACAGUCUAUCACAUCCCGCUGUUCCGAGCUCAGCGGCCGUGGCAAGCGGAGCAGUUAACUCAAAUGUUCACGAGAUAUCUCACUAGGAAGAUAGGUUUCGAAGCCGUCAUGCGGGUUAGGUGUACUAGGGGUAUUACGAUACACACGUUCCACGGCAACUUCUUCGUGCGCUCCACGGACCUGCUGUCCCUCCCCAACGUGUCUCCUGACGCGGGCUUCGGCAUGCAGCUCACGAUAGAGGAGUCGUUGUCGGAUCUGCAACAAGUGUGCUUCCAGGCUGCUCUACUUUAUACUAGUAGUAAAGGCGAACGAAGGAUACGUGUCCACACAUUAGCUUUACCGAUAGCAAAUACCUUGCCAGAUAUUUUACACGCUGCGGACCAACAGUGCAUUAUAGGGUUACUCAGUAAAAUGGCCGUGGACCGCUGCGCGUCGGCGUCCAUGUCGGAGGCCAAGGAGGCGCUCAUCAACGCGGCCGUGGACAUGCUGAGCGCGCACCGCCUGGCGCAGAACCUGCCGGCCGGCGCCGCCGCCGCCGCGCUGCACGCGCCCGCGCCGCUGCGCCUGCUGCCGCUCUACGUGCUCGCGCUGCUCAAGCGGAAAGCGUUCCGCACGGGCACGUCGACGCGGCUGGACGAGCGCGUGGCCGACAUGUGUCUCAUGAAGUGCGCGCCGCUGCCCGCGCUGCUGCGCGCCGUGCACCCCGACCUCUACGCGCUGCACGCGCUGCCCGCGCACGCGCACGCGCACGCCGACGCGCCGCCGCCGCCGCGCCUGCAGCUCUCCGCCGAGAGGAUAAGCAUGAAUGGGGCGUAUCUCCUGGACGACGGUGAAACGAUGAUAAUAUACGUGUGUCACGGCAUCAGUCCCGCCUUCCUGUCGGAGACGUUCGGUGUGGCCGCCUUCAGUCAGUUGCCGGAUGAAGCUAGAAGUUUACCUAAAGUAGAAAGCGAAGGGAACGAGCAGUUACAUGCGCUUAUAGAAAAACUAAACGAUGACCGACCCUAUCCAGCUAGUAUACUUAUUCUUAGGGAUAAUUCACCAUCACGCCAGCUAUUCACAGAACGUCUCAUCGAAGACCGAGUGGAGUCAGCAUUCUCUUACUACGAAUUCUUACAGCAUAUUAAGACACAAGUGAAAUGAGUGAGUAAGUGAGUGAGUGACUUGAGCCUUGGACGUUGCUUGAGUUGCCAAAGGUUAAUGUGACACUGCCCUAACUUGUUAACAAUUUCGGUAUUCCGUUUCGAUAUGUUCCAGACAUAGGACCAGGGAUACGAAUCUGACGUUUAAGUUGUCGCGCGUAUAACUUUUUUUUUUUAAAUUUAAUGUUAUCUUGUUACACGCUCAAUCAAUACAGAUCUGUAUUGAAGCGAAAUAUCACGCUCUUAAUUUAAAAAAUAAAUAAAUUGGUAUUUAUUAUGCACGAAAAUUUUAUAACUAUUGCGCAAAUGUUUUGUAAAAUAUUGCAAAGAAAUUAAGCUUAUUGCACGACAACUAAUACAAAUAUUUUGCUGAAACGUUACCUCUUCUCUACAGUAAUAAAUAAAUUUGUAAAAAAAAUCGGAAAUUAUUAUAAAUACAUGUUGUAGGCAAUGUAUCGCUUUGUGUGUGAGAUUUAGAUCAACGCAAUGUGACAUCAGUUUAUGGGAAUAAAUAUUUUUUUUUACAAAGCUUUUACUUUUCACUGUUAACUGAAUCCAUAUUAUCAAGAAAGCUGUGAAUAUGAUAUGAAAUUAAUUUUAAACGGACAAUAUUUUAACAGUAGCCAUAGAGUGAAAAUAUUAUAACUAUGUCGCUCAGAUCAGUCACGAAGCAAUUGAUUACAUAUUUACCGCUGAAAAGUCUUUGGACUUUGAAUACUUAAGAUUAUGUGUAACCUUUAUGUUGGAAAAAAACCAGGAGUCUAUGAAUAAUUAAUAUAUUUUUGUCGUUUAUAUGUGACAUUAAUAUAUAAGUCGUUUAUUCAUUCAGCAGGAUGACUAUAUUUAUAACGAAUAUUUUAAUAUUUUCUAUGGCUCUAAUCGAAAUAUCAACUUUUCAGUCAUUUCUCUUUGAUCUUUAAGGGUCAUCGCCUUCAACGACACUUGCUACAAUUUCAGAGAGGCAUAGUUAUAAUGUUUCGAAUGAACCAAGUAGAAGCAAUAAAAUGUAAUUAAUGAAUUUAUAUUUCUAGUUACAUAGUUACAAAUAAUUUCGUCUCGUUAUGAAUUCUAUUUAAUAAUUCGUCAGUUUUUAUUUCUUUAUUGAUAAUAGUCAUUUAGCAUAUUGGUAUGUAUGUAAAUAAAAUCGAUAUUUUAUACGACGGUAAUGGAAAUCGAUUUGUCUAACGUCAAAAUAGGAGGUGGCUUCAUACAACCAGUGAUACCAUAUUAAAAAAGUAGGUAUUUGAUUUAUCAUUACCAGCUUCAGAGUUAUAGAAGAAAAUAUAACAGAUAUAUUUUGUAAUGAUUAAUAAAAUUAUAUUAAUUAUAGUUAAUUUCGAUAAUUUUCAUGACGAUUUAAAUAUUUUACACGGUAUAGUAUUAUUAGAUAGAUAAUAAAAAAACGGUUAAUCCGAGAUGUCGGACGGAAUGUCGAUUUUCGUUUAUAACGGUCGUGUCAUUUUUUUACUCGUUAAAAUUAAAUUUCCUAGUUUGAAAAUAUUUGUAUAGAAAACUUUUUUUUAAUUUAUGUUUAGGGCUGUAUCACGAAUAUUUCUUUAAAAUUAAUGCAAUAAAAUAUUUUCGGUAAGUAUAUUAUGUUACUGUUAAUUUUAAUAUUAUUUAUGUGUAUUCGAUAUUCGAUUGUAAAUUGAUUAACAUUGGAUGGAUUUAAACGAGUUGGCUCCUUAAACAUUGGUUAUAUAUAUUUUUAAAUUAAUUAUAAACAUAUCGCAUGUAAUACUUUAUUUAUCAUUGACCGCUAACUAGACAAAUAGGAAACUUAUUUUCGUCAUAAUCGUAUAAUAAAAUCGAUUUUAAUUAAACGCAAUUUAAAAGAGAAUUUCUUCUAUUUUCGUUGCAUUUACGAAAUUAUUUCCCAAGCCAAUAUUUAUAAUUUGUAGCAACUUCUUCGACGCAAAAAAUAUUUAAUAUCUCAGAGUGCAAAAACAUUAUUUUUUUAAAUGAUUUGUUGAAUGUCAGUUUUCGGAGCGAUGAGAGAAGUUUUGCCUCAAAUUACAAUGUGACGUUUCAACUGUCACGUGUUACUACAACUUCUUUGAAUUAUUAUAAAACUAAUUAAUUAUGAAAAUUAGCGUAUUAUAAAAUUGAGCUCGUUCAUUACAAUUUUCCAUGCGAUAUUGUUUUUCUCUAAGACAUAAGGAAUAAAUAGUGAAUAAAAUAAGAACAAGUCACUUGUUUAAAAACGUAUUUAAACAUUUACCGUUUAAAGCAGGCAUUUGUUGUAACGUAUCUUUAUGUUUUUGUGAACAAUUAUUCGAUACAAAUCGUGACCAACUAUAGUGAGAUGGUAAAGAAUAAAUGUAACAGUCUGCCUGUUUCUAUUUCCACUGAAUCGAAUCUU